AACUGGCUGUUGCUAGACAUCUGUUUGCCGCAGCGCGCUGCCAUUGAAACGUUGCAAGAAAGACAGAUAUUGACUUACCCAGCAUGUCCAGUGAACGUCUUCUCAAAGCGUUCGUGACAGAACGUUUGACGGCUGCAGCGGAAGAAAUCGCAGACUUUUUUGGUAAAACUAUCGCAAAAUAUGAAGAGGAAGCUUGUGAGUCCCAGAGAGAAAUCACACGCCUCCGGUCUUUAUUGAUGGAUUUGGCUUCAUACCGAAAAUCAGAGGCUACUCCAGAACAAAACCAACGUGAGCUAGAAGCAAGUCCAUGCCAUGUGACGGAUGUGGAGUUGCUGCACAUCAAAAAGGAAAGUCGGGCAGCAUGGGGAAGUCAACAGGUAGAAACACAGACUCGGGAGUCAAAAGACAAUGAUGCGUUGUUUGUGCCUCAUACGUCCACUUGGAGUCAGAAUGGGGAAGUGGAUGUGAAGCCUUUUCUGAAUUCCCCAGAAAACGGCAGUGAAGGUGAACUGCAAUGUCAGGAGCCACUGGAUAUCCAGGGAGUGCAUCCUGCAUUGUCUGCCCCUUCAAUGUUGUCACCACAAAGCCCUAACCACAGUGAAGCAACUGAAAAUCUGACAGAGCAUCUCAGAACUUCAACAUGUUUGGAACAUAAUUCUGCACAGCCUCAUAACCCAGGAGAAACCUCCUACAACUGCUACGUUUGUGAUGUUUCCUUUUCCUACAAACAGCAUUUGGUCAACCAUGCUCUCCGUGUCCACUCGCCGGAGACUGGUGUCGUCUGCGCGGUUUGUGGCGACGCCUUGGACUCAACCGAAAGUCUGCGACUGCAUCUAGAGACUCACAGGCUUCCCAAAUCCUGCCAUAUUUGUGGCAAACAGUGCAAAAGCACCUCUACAAUGACUGGACACAUCGCCAGUCACACUGGAGAGAAACCACACCGCUGCCACUUUUGUGGUAAAGAGUGCAGGCGCAAAGGAGACCUGAAGAUACACAUGAGGAUUCACACGGGCGAAAAACCUUUCAGCUGCUCUUACUGUUGUAAAAGUUUCACACACAGUGGACAUCUGACUAAGCACAUGCGAAAUCACACAGGGGAGAGACCGCACCAAUGCUCUGUUUGUGGGAAAGGAUUCCUGCAGAGUGCACAUCUGAAGUACCACCUUAAGACUCAUGCUGAGAAAAGUUAAAUAUUUGUUGUCUUGUGAGACUUACAAGACAUGUGUGGUAAUAAAAAUUUCAGUAUUGUUUGUAAUUAUUUGCAUAGUUGUGUGAGUCACACAUCCAUUGUGUAAGGACACUAUUAGCAUUGUGACAGAGCAGAAAGUUAAGAGUCAGCUUCAGAAGAAAAUAUUUGUUGAAGAAAUGACAAUGAUGGUAAUAAGCAGUAGGAAGGGCUUAAGGAGACACACGAGCAUAGCAUGUGGAACUGAGAGUCUGAUAUUAAUUCAAUAAUAUUUCAUGACAUAGACCAAAAAAAGUAAAUUGUUGAAAAGGCAAAUCAAAGGUCUUUUUUAAAAUUCCUUCUAAGCCCAUAUUUUUCUUACUCAAUAUUUAUUGCAGUGUUGAAUUUAUGUAAUGCUUACAUGAAUUGGAUCUUUUUAAAAUAAUUUCAGUU